GAAGAACACAGGAAAUGAUAACUACGCUAAAUAUAUAAGAUCUGUACCACAAGAAAUGCUAAAGGAAGAAAGAAAGGGAGAAAGAAAACACCACGAGAUGGAAGCCUGAGUUGCUGGAAAAGAGACUUGAAAAGGACCAGAGAGGGUGAAGGGAAGGCCAUCUGAGGACACAGCACGAAGGCAACCGUCUUCAAGCCAAGAAGAGAAGUUUCAUCAGAAACUGAAUCAUGGUGGCACCUUGAUCCCGGACUUCCAGCCUCCAGAACUGGACCUGAUGCCGAGGACCCUGGAGGGGCAGAUCACCAUGGAGAAGACGCCCAGCUACUUCGUGACGCGCGAGGCGCCCGCGCGCAUCUCGGCCAUGUCCAAGGACACCAAGCUCCUGGUGGUGGUGCGGGACCCGGUGACCAGGGCUGUCUCGGACUACACGCAGACGCUGUCCAAGCGGCCCGACAUCCCCAGCUUCGAGAGCCUGGCCUUCAGGAACCGGACGGCGGGCCUCGUGGACCGGGCGUGGAGCGCCAUCCAGAUCGGCCUGUACGCCGAGCACCUGGAGCGCUGGCUGCGCCACUUCCCCGCCCGGCAGCUGCUCUUCGUGAGCGGCGAGCGGCUGGUGCGCGACCCGGCCGGCGAGCUGGGCCGCGUGCAGGACUUCCUGGGCCUCAAGCGCAUCAUCUCCGACAAGCACUUCUACUUCAACCAGACCAAGGGCUUCCCCUGCCUCAAGAAGGCCGAGGGCAGCGGCCGCCCUCACUGCCUGGGCAAGACCAAGGGCAGACCCCACCCCGAGAUCGACGGCCAGGUCCUGCGGCGGCUGCGCGACUUCUACCGGCCCUUCAACCGCAAGUUCUACCAGAUGACGGGCCACGACUUCGGCUGGGACGGAUAACCUUAUAAUUUAAAAAGAAAAAAAAAAUAUCAGAAGAUAAUAUAUUUUUUUACCAAUCGGUAGAGAAGAGGCAGUUUAAUAUUUGCGCUGCUGAUAUGUUUCAGUAUUUUUUUUCCAUGAAUGUUAAAGAGAUUGUUCUCGCCUCCGCCCUCACCGUCAUGUACAACUGCACGUGCAAACAUUUGGAUAAACAAAAAAGGAAACCUGCACGCAUCUAAAUUCUCUCCAUUUUCCAUUUUCAGUUCACGUUUUAUAUGCACAGUUAUGAAGUAUGAGCAUCGGUUGCCAUUAAAACUUAAAGAAAAUCCUGAGGGUACAGCUCGUGCUCUCUCUCUCUUUUUAACAAAGCCCGGAUAAGACUGAUGUCUACCCUUAUGUUUUUCUCCCUUUAGUUUUUCUCCUGUGCCACUUUUUCUUAACGCCUUUCCCAGUUAGUGAUGCUGUGUGUUUGCACAUCACUUCCCAGUUACCACAGUGCUUUCAAAUACAGUAUCUUUCUUGAUCCUGAUACUCACUCAGAUGUGAUGUAAUAACAUAAGGCAUGGAGAUUAUUACCCCCGUUUUACAGACAAGGAAACUGAGUCUCAGGGAGGUUAAGUGAUGUGUCCUAAGGCCAGAUGGUGGACUCUGGACAAAACCUCAUCUUCCACUUGUUCCCUAUUUUGUGCCACUUUUUCCAGUGAGAAUGGGAAAGGCACAGACAUCAUUUAGAAAUGGUUAGCUAGUCUGGGGACCAACAGAGAGGGUUUCCUGUUGCUUUCUAAGUUCUAGGCUAGCCUCUAUGGCACUCAGACACCUUACACAGUUGUACUCAAGGAAACCACUCUGUCUUGGACACAACAUCUUUCAAGAGCCAAUCUUGGGUUGUUAAAGCACCCUGAGACAUGGAAAUCUCGACUCAACUGAAGUUGAGAGAAGUUAUUGGAUUCUUGUAUGGAGAACAAGAUGGCCAGUCACACUAGGAGCAGGACAAGGUGUGGCAGGAGAAGAAUUUACCUAUUCUUGUUUUGACUGUGUUUUCCUUUUUUUCUUAAAGAAAAACCCACUUCAGUAAGAGCUUACAAAUAUGAAUCUCAUUUUAUAAACCUCUUUUUUAACAAAGGAAAUCUGCCUCUCUUUGCAAUAUCUUAUUUCUAAACUUGCAGCUAGUACUAAAAAAAGGUCAAUCAACGUCUCAUUUAUAAGGCCCCAAUUUUUCAUGGGUGGAGGGAGGGCUGUCACUUUGUCACUUUAUUUUUCCCCAUUUCCUCUUUGUACCAGUUAUAACCUAAUAUUCGUUAAUAUUUGGAAAAUACUCUAAGAAAUGCAGA